CUUACGCGCAUUGCCCGCGGUCACACUAAAAUCCAGGGUCCCACGCGUAAAUGGGUUGAUAUUGUUUGGGCCUCAAUUGCGUCCACGCCGUAGUACCAUACAUGCAGCCCUUCAGAGGACAAUAAAAUCUGCUUUGGGCGCUUCGCCAUCGAAAAUCCGCCUUCUGGAACACAAUGGAUCCUGAUGAUUCACUGAUGGAUGACCACAAUGUGGACGAAAGUCUGUGGGAUUCGCCCGUCAAAUCGAGCAACGAUUCGGGAGAGCCACCAAGAGCCUUUGCCAAACAUGCCGACUCUGCGAAGCCUACAUAUCAAGAACAACAAGAGCGGGAACAAGGUCUACGGCGGGAGCUGGAAAGUGUUCGGCAGGUCAAUGAAGCCAUCGAAGGAGUUAUACAGAGUCUCAACAAGGCCAGGGAUAACAUGAAGACCGUCAAUGGCACCGUAGUCGCCGCGUCGACCCUACUCAAUACUUGGACUCGGAUCCUGUCCCAAACAGAACACAAUCAGCGACUGAUAUUGGACCCAUCGUGGGAAGGUGCCAGUCAGGACAUCGCCGAUAUCGAAGAGGAAACCCUCGAAAAACAACGCGCUGCUGAACGAAGGGAGGCAGAAGAGCAGGAGAAGAAGAUGGCAGCCGCGAAAAUUGCAGAACAGGAAGAGAAACGAAAAGCAGACCUCGCAGCCAAACAAUCGAGACCAACAUCAGCUCGAGGUGGCAGGUUAGGAGCUGGAGGCAGAGGACCCAGUGCAUCUUCCUCCUCGUCUGUCAAAGUUGGAGGCUCAAGCAGCAGCGGCAUCAAGCGUGGAACAUCUUCUACAGGCAGAGGGACUUCUGGCAUUGGGCGGGGCAUAUCUGGACGAGGGUCCCGUGGACGGGGUUGACAGCUGUCCGUGUUUCGGUGUCUUGGGUUGACUAUAUUCAACAACUCCAAAACGAGCGUAGGAUGGUCGCAACGGAGUACUGGUACUUUGGAUCUGCAGACAUCAAGUGUAUGAUGUUGGUGACGAUGUUGCUGAAUUCCAAAGCGGGAAGUUGCGCGUCCAAGCACCGCGCCAAGCCAGACCGCUC